AUGGUAAAUACACCAAAAAACUACAACAAAGAAACCACCAAAGUGUACACCAAGAUGUCUAUUCCUGAAUCUAAAAGAAUCGCCUUCACUAAAUCCAAAUUACCACCUUGUGCUCUACGAUAUCAUCCUUUAGAUUCUUCAUUAUUAUUCUUGGGGACAUAUAAUUUAAUUAAAGAAACUGGUAAAAGAACUGGUAGUAUUGAAAUAUAUAAACAUAAUGAACAGGAUCAAGAUUCAUUGGAAUUGAUUCAUAGUGAACCUACAGAAUCUGCUAUUUUGGAUAUGAAAUUCUCUCCUCAUGAUGAUUCUUUAUUUAUUACUUGUCAUUCAACUGGUGAUUUAACUAUAUGGAGAUAUGAAUUAGAUGAAAAUAAAUUAAUAAAUUUACAUCAUCAACAAAUUUUCGAACAGGAUGUUUUAAUAACUUCAUUAAUUUUUUCACAAACUUUACAAAAUAAAAUUUUAUUAACUUGUACAGAUGGUUAUUUAGCAUUAGUUGAACUUCAAGGGAAUUCUUUAACUGAACCAAUUUUUUUCGGUACUCAACAUGAAUUAGAAUGUUGGACUGGUGCUUUUGGUAAUAUGGCUGAAUUAUCAAAUGUUUUAUUCACAGGUGGUGAUGAUGGUGCCUUAAUUGCUCAUGACUUAAGAGAACCAGAAUCAAUGAGUAUUUUCCAUGCAAGAAGAACUCAUGAAGCUGGUGUUGUUGCUAUUCAAACUUCAACUUUUGGGAAUCAUAACGGUGUAGGGGAUUGGUUUGUUGAUAAACCUUAUACUUUAUGGACUGGUUCUUAUGAUGAUCAAUUAAGAAGCCUAGAUCUUAGAGUUGUACCUGAUUUAGGGAUAGUUAAUGGUAUUAUACCAAGAGUUCAAAAUAAAUUAAAUCUUGGAGGUGGUGUUUGGAGAUUUCAACCUUCAACUAUACAAAAUGAUAAUAGAUUAUUAACUUGUUGUAUGUAUAAUGGUGCUCGUAUAAUAGGUGCAAAAAGUGAUACAGAACCUAUAGUGGAUAGGUUUUUCAAAAAAGAUCAUGAAAGUAUGGUUUAUGGUUGUGAUUGGAGUCCUGAUGGUCAGAAAGUUGCUACAUGUAGUUUUUAUGAUAAUGUUCUUCAAAUAUGGAGUCCUAAUGAUAUUGAAUAG